AUGCUAAUUUUUCAUGUUUUGCUAUUAACUAUAUUUUGUUGCACGUUUGCGUUAAAUGAUUAUGAAAUAACAGUUCCGACGUUCUUGAGGGUUUCCUUGUUGGAACCAGUCGGCUUGUUUGUUCAAUGGAGAACUAUUCCAUCUUUUCAAAUUAAUCCAAUCGUUGGAUACAAGGUACGAUUAUCGGAAAUAAACGAAGAUUUACAAGGGACUUAUACCAUUUUACAUGAAAAUGAGCUGGUAAUAAUUUCCGAUGAGCGUCCAGAGGAGCCUUACAACACGGAAAAACAGCAGGAUAAAUUCCGCGAGUUUAAAGUUCCCGCUAUCGAUAUAAAAGACGAUUUAAGUAUUAAAAUAAGGGACAAUAUAAAAUACAAUAGACUGUACGAAGUCCGCGUUUUAGCAUAUAGAGAGGAUAAAGAUGGGCCAAUAACAGAUCCGAUACGGGCCAAGAUUGUUAAAGGAGACGACUACGUUGUGUUAGUGCAAAGGGAAUCAGCCUCUUUAUGUAUUGUGUCGAUGUCAAGUAAUUCCACUCCGGAAAACGAAGUUACGUAUUAUCAUAGUGAAAACGUGUAUUUGUAA